AUGGAUGGUAGAAGUGAAUCGGUUCUAAAAAAAUAUAAACUGGUGGCACCAGAUGGAGGAUGGGGUUACAUGAUUUGUAUUGCCGCCACAAUGGUGUUUUCUAUAACAACAGGCUUUGGUGCCUGUUUCGGUCUGCUGUACCAUGACCUAAUAGUCAAAUUAAAAAUAGGAUCGACAAUGAUCACAGUUGCCUCAGGUCUUGGUGUGUUGGUGAAUGCAUUAUUUGGUUUCCUUACGUCAGCACUCCUCAAGAAGCUGUCCUUUCGACAAUUGGCAUUUAUAGCAGCGACUAUGUUCAAUAUAGGUGUUAUAGGACUAUAUUUAUUCCAAUCAAUUGCAUCGUUCUUUAUAUGCUACACUUUCUUACAAAGUGCCGGUUUUGGACUUCUAUUAAAUCUGACUAGUACCAUAUUAAACGAUUAUUUUACAACUAAACGAUUGUUCACUGUGAGUCUUACUCAAACCGCAGUAGGCAUUACUUGUAUGGCAAUACCCAAACUAGUUGAAAAGAUAUCAGAAAUAUAUGGCUCUCGAGAAUGCUUACUAAUAAUAUCAGGAAUAAGCACACAUCUCUUUCUCGCUGUGGCAUUAAUGCAACCCGUACAAUGGCAUGUGAAGAAAAUAAGGUUACCAGAUGAUGAGGUAAUUGAUGAAAAUCUAACACUGCUGGCUAAUCCUACAAAUGAGAGUGAUAAUGUGCCUGUAGUCAAGGUUACCGAAAUAAAAUCUCCCGAAGUACAAGUAAUAGAGAAAACGGAUAUCGAAGUGCCUUUGCCAGAUAAGAAGCAAUCGGCCAUCAAGAUAUUAGUAAGCGAGCUGUUUGAUAAAGAUAUAAUAAAAAUAGUUUAUUCGUCAAUUAUUAUUGUGGGCCCAUCAUUCGCAUUCUUCUGUGAUUUAACAUUUUCCAUGAUUUUUCCACAAGCGUUAUAUUCUUUACAAUGGAAUUAUGAAAAUGUUGCAACGGCUAUCUCUAUUGUGGCUUUCGGAGACACCGCAGCGAGAGGAGUGUUCAUUCUUCUUAAUAAUUGGUUAUAUAAGAUGGGAAUAGAAAAAUUAUUUAUAAUCGGAUUAGGUAUUGCUUGCAUAGCCAGAAUAGGAAUGCUGCUAUCAAAGGAUAUUACUCCAGUUUUAAUAUUUAUGACUUUUAUUGGAGUUAGCCGCUGUUUCUUUGUAAUACUGGGACCUUUGGUAAUCGUCGAUGCAGUGGGAGUUGAAAAAUUUACAGCCGCCAAUGGUACUUUUAUGAUGGUCGUAGGAAUCAUUAGUAUAGUAUUAGGACCUCUCACUGGUGCUGUGAGAGAUAUUACAGGCAGCUACACAGUAGUAUUUUCCAUAAUGGCUGGUAUUAUUCUAUUAGUAAUGGUGAUAUGGAUAAUUGAACUAUAUUAUAAAGAAAGAAAAUAUAGAAGAUCACAACGAAAAGCAUCGACAAACCCAUAAAAGUUGUAGCAAAAGUGAGGAAAUUUUAAUCUGAUUUAUAAGGAAUAGAGUGUGGGCGCCAAAACAAGAAAGCUUUUUUCUUACGCAUUACCUAUUCAUAAUCGCACAG